AUGCCUAGCUCAGUCGCACUGCGUUUUCUCUUCUCUUGGGUGGCCCUCCUCUCCAGCCUCCAUCAGGGGGAGGGCCGGCCCCGCCUGGCCCAAGACAGUACACCCCGCCUGGGGCAGGAGGAGAGCCAGAGGGCCCUGCUCCUGGAGGCAGUGAAGACAGGCAUCUUGAGCUCCGUGGGGAUGGAGAAGGAGCCCAGGCCCAGGGAAUUGGCUUCAGAGGAGGAGCUGAGGAGGAUGCAUCAGCUCUACAGGGAAACACUGAGGCAUCUGACAGGGAACUCCAGUCAGGAGGGGGAAUCCCGGCAUUCCCCUAGGAGGACAUCCACCCUGCUUCUCCCAGCCACAGUGGAGCCUUUCAAAGUGCUUCGGACUGAUGAGGAACACACAUCAGAUGUGCUUUGGUACAGAGCUGUCUUCCACAAGAACCCAAACAUCAGGAAGGAUCUCACUUUGGCCCGGGCUGAGCUGAAGCUCUACAGACAACUGUUGGAUGGCUCGAAAGCUGCCGAGCCCACGAUUAGUGAAGAGGUUCAUGUUAAGAUCUAUGAGAUGAAACCGCUGAACUCUUCUCUAUUGAUUCACACAGAGACCCUUGUUCAGACGCUCGCUACAAGAACUGGAGAUUUAACUUUGGACAUCAGAACUGUUGUUGAUAAGUGGAGAGGGAGGUCGGACGGCUACUCUCUGGUUGUGGAAGUAGGACUGGUCGUCGAAGAGGGAACUGAUCCCAGGAGGACCCCUCAGAUGGUCCUGGAGGUAGACCUUGUAGAGCCUAGAUCAGCAGGCAGAAGGAGACGGACUCGCUCCAACAAAGAAGACAACUGCGAUGAAGAUGGUCGCUGCUGCCGAAAGUCUGUCAACGUGUCCUUCAAGGAGAUUGGCUGGUCAGACUGGGUCGUUGCCCCCGAUGGUUACAACAUGCACUUCUGUGACGGCUCCUGCCCCCACAACUACAAGCCAGCUAGCAUGCACGCGCAGGUGAAGUCUCGUCUUCAUCAUAUCAACAAGGGAGCAACACCUCGGCCCUGUUGUGUGCCGGCAGCCUAUGAACCUAUGGUCCUCAUGCACUACGACAGUCGGGGAAAGUUGAAGCUCACACCCUUCAAUGACUUGAUUGUCAGCAAAUGCCACUGUGCUUGA